AUGGAAGCCGUGGGAGAGAAUAAAACGCACGUUCUUGCGGAGUCGCUCUUGGCUCAUGAAAUUAGUCCCGAUGCGUGGCAGCAGGCGGUGCGGCCCGAGGCGAACUCACCUGCCGGACAAGAAGAAGUGAGCGGGGGCGAUGGCAACCAGAUCCUUUUUUCAGCUGCACUAGCCUCCAAGAAACCUCCAGGACGUUUGGUGGCAGAGCUGCAGAUAGAGACCCUUUCGACGACGUGUGGACGCAUAUUUUUGUAUUCGUGGUAUUUUAUGCUUUUGUUUGCGUUGUUUCUCCAGUCCAUGGUUUCAUUGCAGUGGGAAAUGACGAACAUUUGUGGGGCCACGCAAGAGAGCCUCUAUAAGCUGGACAAGUGGAGUAGUCCCUGCGUUCAGAGUCGUGCGCAAAGAUCCGAUGCUAUCAACUGGUCCGAAUUUGCUGUGGGGGGAAAUUUGCACGAUGUUCCAGUGGACAUUUUACAAGGUUCUACCAUAGGAGAGGAGGAAAUAACGGGAUCGGUAAGGAAUGUCACUAUUAUACCGAAUGAUUUUGGGUUCCGCCGUCAACGUACCCUCCGUUGGGUAGGCGAUGGCCAAGGAAUGCUCCUGGAUUUAAAACUUAACCGUUUUGUGAGGGUCAUCUUGAGCAUGGCCUCGCCGCGGGAUCAGUUACCGGAGGGGGUCAAUUGGGAAAAGUAUCCACUUAUGAUUGCCCUCGAAGAGUCACUGCUUCCCUCAGAUGACAACGAGAGCAGCAGUAGUGACAUGCAACCAAAAAAAUCUGUCUUUUUUUACAACACGAGCACUAUAUGCUAUCGUUCUAUUCCGCGCUGUUCUUCGGUGGUGCUUCCGCAGACCGUGGCGGUGGCUACGAACGAGUCGCGAAUUACGCUUACCAUCUUUGGAGUGGAUGAGGCUCUGGCAAACGUUUCUGCUGCAUCUGCCGUGGGGAUAUUCUUUCAAAGGGCUGAAUACACCAUGGGUACUAUUGUGUGCCGUUAUGUAUUUUUGUUUUUUUCCAUUCUUCACCUCAUUCGGUUUAUUUAUCGCAAGCGGUACUCGAGAACCCUUUACGAACAGCACUGGGUGAUGUUCUUGCACCUGGCACUUUACCUGUACCUCGAUCCCGUUUUUGUUGCGGGUAUUUACGAAACCCAAGGAGCAUCAGUGUAUCAUUUUUUUGAGUUUCACGUUCCAACCUACUUCGCGGCCUUACUAAGCUGUUUUAUUUACGCAUUGAUUACGGCUUCCAUGAGCUGGACUAUCAGCAGUGAGGAGAGGGCGAGGUAUAGAUCUCUGUCAGAGAGUGAAGCUCUUAGGGAAACUGUAGGGCCAUGUGCCGUUUUUGCUUCUUCACCCACCUUGGGGACCGCAGGUUUGGCUGUUGGUAUGCCACCCGUGUUGACAUCAUCGUUACAGGAAGAAGAAGAAAGAUGCCCAUCACCAAGGGAAAUUUCGCGUCGGGCGUCUUUUUCGGGUUUAAAUGAGAUUCGUCCCAUUGAGGUGGUAGAUGGUGCCAUCCCGCUAUGGGCGAAAUUUUCAAUGGCGAACUAUUUGCUGGCGGUCUUUCUUCUUGACCUUGCCCAGUCUUAUGUUGGAGGUUGGGAUUGGGGAACAGAUAUGACGUGCGUGAGCUUCUCAUGCUUAUAUAUUCGCUACACCCUUUAUAGCUUGAUGCUGAUUUUUAUAAUUGUUUGUUGUGUGUUGCUUGUGCAGCUUCACCGCAGUCUUGGUAGACGUCCGUACUUGGAGACCCGGCCUCAACAGCUGGCAUGUCGUGUUUUCAUUUUUGUAUUUACGACAGCAUUGAUCUACUUCGUCGUGCAGGUGAUUCUGAUUGCCUUUCUCUACCCUCAGAUCAUCGGCAUCGUGGCGUACCAACCGUUUACGCAGCUUUCCCCAGUAAUUGUCUCCACCUUUUUUGUCAAUCAUAUCACAUUUGUUUACACGACUACUGUCGCCUCACGUCGUGUGCCGAUACGCCCUGAAAAUCCGCAUUGGCGCCGUGUUGUUUGGUCGAGCGAAUGGUAUCGCUGGCUUAAUCUGCACGGUGGGAUAUUGUACAUCUUCCAUAAUGAGCGGCAGGAGCGGUACUUUAACUGGGUGCAGAACAAAGGGAAAAAUUCCUCAGAGCCUUGUUGUGAGGCAAAUGGUACUGCCGUUAAGAAAAAGCGGUCAACACGGGAAGAAGUUGGUGAGGAGGCGAAUGCCGGCGCUGCCGUGCUUGGAAGUGAAGGAAGGACGUGUGAACAAAGGGCAGCUGUGGCUGAGAACAAAGAUGGGGACUUCUCUUCAGAGAGCAGCGACACCGGGGCGAGCGAUAACGACAGGGAUUAUGUGGACUCACAGACGGAGAGGCCGCAUCCUCUGCGAACCCCGCGGACCCGAGGCGGGGUGGUGGAGUUUCUGGAGAAGGCUGAGCGUCACCUGAUUGACCGGCCCGCGAUUCUUAUUGAUCACCUUGAAGGGGUCCUGGUGGAUCCUCUGCAGUCUCUUUUUUUGCGCCGCAGGGGUCGAAUGCCCUUUUUUAACUUGGAGACUGCCAUCGACUGCCUCAACUUGUCAUGGGAGGCGUAUGUGGCGACUGAGAGACAGGGAGAGACGGAGGGGGUGGCAGAUGUAGUGGAGUUUGUAGACGAGCCUGGUGCGGGUCUUUCUCAGCGUUCCAGGCAUUGCGGUGACUCAUGCUGUCCUCUGUUGGGCGGGGGAGAUGCUGGGAUAAGAAAUAAUAGUGAUUGUGACAACGACGACGGCGAACUGCACUUGGACAACGGCGAACAUUGCGAUAAUCAUGACAUUAGGGACUCUGUGAAAGGGGAUUCGAAACGGGCUGAGAGCUUUGCCGUAUUUACGGGGGAAACACCAUCGCCCAAUUCAAGGAUGAGCACGGAGCAGUACGGCUACAAACAGCUUGCCGUGGUUGAGGUUCGUGAAGUACAGGUGGUCAUCACUGUCAUGGACACAACGCUUCCCUGCCACCAUCAUAAGCAUCCGCGCCUUGUGAUAGCGUUUCGUGGGACGGACAAUUUAUCUAAUGCCCGUGAGGAUUUGCGUUUCAGACGACGCGUUUGGAGAGAAGUGGACCCCUUGCGGCAGUGGGGCAUCAGGCAGAGCGCCAAGGUCCACACGGGAUUUCUUAGAAUGUGGAUUUCACUAAAAGAGACGGUGCUUCGCACCGUCAAAUCAUACUUGAGUGCAAACCCCACCGAGGUCUACAGUAUUUUUUGCACAGGGCACAGUCUUGGCGGCGCUCUUGCAAGCCUCUGUGCAUAUAGCUUGCGACGAAUGCUGCGCCUUAUGAAUUAUCCUCUUCUGGAGGUGACUGUUUACACCUUUGGGCAGCCAGCGCUUGGCAACAGGGCCUUUCAAAAGGCCUACGACAAGGCCGUCCCCCGCACCUUUCGUGUUGUGAACGAGAGCGACGCAGUGUCUCUCUUUACGGUUCUUGGUGGCUGUCAUGUUGGUAUUGAGGUUGACAUUGAUCGCCAUGGCAACUACAUCUGCAAGCCAAUGUUCAUUGAGCGUUGGUUCCGCCCCACGCAGGGCAGGGGAUUUGCUGUAGCGAAUCAUACACUUUUUUCAUAUGCCCAAUCUCUCAAUGCUGUGGCAGUGCGGAACAGUGGGGGCUCCUGCAAGGUGCGUUGCCUGGAGCCGUAUGUUUGCGCCAAAGGGGCGGUGCCGGAUGAUACAGAGCCGCAUUUGGCAACUUCAUCGCCGCCGUCGUCGUCGCCCGCGUAG